AUGGAGGAUGAUCAAGGAAUAAUCAUUGAGCUCAAAAACAAGCCAACGGCUGAUGGUACUGAGGAAUACCCAGGAACUUCUACUGGAGGUAGGAAAAUUAAAGUCUCAAGAACUCCCUAUCCUACUGGAUCUGACUUCUAUAGGUAUACUUAUACUCUUGAGACUGAACAAAACUUUACAUUAAAAGAGAUCCAAGAUGAUCAGACUAGUAAAAAAUUAGAAGGUAUCCCUGAGACAAGGGGUGUAACCUCAGUUGAUGCCUACUACUGGAAACAUGAGAAUGGUGGGCCUAAGACAGCUCUGCUAGUGAAAGUAGUCACCGCUGCUGGAGAUACUGGAACCAAGUAUUAUGGCAAUGUAAAGAAUGCUAAUGGUAAUGAGUGGAUUGUACUAAGAGGGGCUGGAGGCUCUCAGCCUCCACUUAUCAAUGGUGACAUUGAAAGGACACUUGAUGACCUAGUCUGUUCUAACUAUGGUGGAGUAACCGUAGAUCUUAGCAAGGGUACGUCAGAGUACCAUGGCAGAAGCAGUAAACAGCCAUAUUGUUGCCGUUGCCAUGAUGGCAAAGAGCGAAAGAUCACUGUUACUAUUGGGGGUAUCACGGUAGAUAAUGUCAAAAGGGCUGAAUACUACAAGCACACCAUUACAAAUCCUAAGCAUAAACUUGCAAGAAUAAGGUACUACGAUAAGGGUGUAGGUCCUGAUCUCAAGAAGACUAAUGACCCCGAUAAAAGAAGACGUAUAAAGCCUACCGGACUAGACUUUACAACCUCUGACAUAAGAAGUGUCUAUGCGUUUAACUGCGGAGGAAAUCCAGUAUUGAUAUAUAUCGAAGGUAAUGAAUACCGUGGAACAAAUAGAUGGUACAAGAAGCCUACGGGCGAUAGUAAUGAUAGUGGCAAUGAAGAGUGGACACCAGUUCCAAGCCUCAACAUAACACCCAGCAAUUUCAGUACUCUGACAUGUAACCAAUGGACCGCUCUUAGAAAGGAGCUAAUGAGCGCUGGAUGUACAAAGUUGGAAGAAUGUCCUCCACCACCUAAACCUCCUGGUCCUGCUGCUGAUUUAUCUGACCAAGUUCCUGAUACAGAGUCUGAGACUAAGAUUCUUCUGCAAGGUACUCCUGUAGCUCAAAUGGCUGAAGAUGCUCCAGAUGGUGAAGGGUCAGGCUCUGGUGCCAGAGGUGGUGAAGAAAAUGGAGGAGUAGAACUAAGACAAAAACAAGAAGCAGCUGGGAUUGAAGAUGAGAGAGAAAAGAAAGAACCCCUAUCUCAACCUGGACCUGAACCUAAAAUUCAUAAUGCUGGUCCAUCUCCUGUAGUUACUCCUCAACAACUUAACUCAUCUAUACUAGCUGUUCCUACUUGUGGACCUACUACUCCUGGUGCUUAUGUUCCUAUUUGUGUUCCUAAUGGACCUAUGGUUGCCCUUCUAGGUGCUCCCGGUUCUGGAGUUCAAGAGCAUCCUGAAGUAUCAGAUAUUCUCUCUGAGAAAAAGGAGGGAACGAAAGAGGAAACUCCAGUGAAAAGGAGUCGUAGUCCAAGCCCAAAACCAAAAUCUCGUAGAGGUUCCCAAGAUGAGGAACCGAAGAAUCAGGACAUGGAGCAAAAGGAUAAAGGCUUAGAGCUCCAAGGGGAGGUUGCCAAAGAUCUUAAAGAGAAAACAGAGUCUGCUAAACCUCCAGAACAAGAAUCACGAGCAGGAAAACUACGUGCUGGGGAAAAAUCAGGACAAGAACAAUCACACACUGAAAAUGAGCCUGAAGAACAACUAUCUGAAUGCCAAGCUAAUGAAGAAAAGAAAGAUGGUAAGAAUGAGGAUGAUAAUGGUAAUGAUCAUGAUGCUGAUAGAGUCUCUGAUGCUACUGGUCUACCUAGUGGUGGAGAUGCUCAUGGAACUUCUACUGGUCCUGCUACCCUUGGAGGACCUAAAACUGUUCCUCCUGUUGCUACUGAAGGCACUGAACCUGCUGCUCCUGGAUCUGCUCAACCUCUUCUUGCUGAAUCUGCUACUGGUAUUCUCGCUGGCGCUGGAUACUUCUUUGCUACUUCUGCAGGGUCUGGCGCAACAUUUUUUGGAGGCUGGAAACUCUAUAAUAAGUUUAAAGGAGACCCUUGGGUUAGACAGAUUUAG